AUGUGUAACGCCCUUGUUCAUCAUUCUGGUGAAGUACUUUGGGUACCGCCGGCUAUCUAUAAAAGCAGUUGUAUUAUUGAUGUUGAAUUCUUUCCGUUUGAUGACCAGCGAUGCAGUCUAACAUUUGGCAGUUGGACGUAUAGUCGUAACGAAGUCCAGUUAGACUUUUUGCAUUCGGAUCGGGUCGACUUCUCUGAAUAUGCAACGUCAUCGAUAUGGGACAUGAUGGAUGCCCCUGCUGUGCUAACCGAGGAUCGGAGUAGAAUCGAGUUCCAAGUCAGGAUCAGAAGGAAAACCUUGUUCUAUACUGUUGUACUGAUUCUACCGACGGUUCUGAUGGCAUUCUUAAAUGUAACUGUCUUCUAUCUUCCUACUGCUUCAGGUAGGUCGGCCAUGCCUUUUAUCUGUCUUUUUGGGGUCUUUUUGUGGCGAGGGUAG